AUGAAGCUGUACUAUAUCUCUGUCAUACUCACCACCUGCCUGAGCACUGUUUUUGCUCAAGGAAUGGACGGCCUACUAGACUGCGCGAAAGAUUGUGCUACUGGCUCCAUUCCCAAGCAGUGCCAGACUAUCGAUGUUGCUUGUAUCUGCGGUGACAAUAGCUUUAUCAACGGUAUAUCUUGUUGUGUCGCCAACAAGUGCUCAAAGGAUCAACAAGAUGCCGUUCUCAAAUUCGCAAACCAACUCUGCAGUGGCGCCGGUGUAAAUGACCUCCCCAAGAGUGCUAGCUGCGCCGAGGGAAGUUCGAGUGCUACUGAGACAUCUUCCGAUUCUUCGGCCUCUAGAAAAUCAACUACUGCGAAGAGCACAGCCACGGAUGAAUCGGCUGCGACUACUUCGGGUUCUCCCGAUAGCUCUGCAUCACCAACUGCUUCCAAAUCUGACAGCAACACCAAGACCUCAUCUACUUCAACAUCGUCACCUACUACCAGUAAUGGCGGAGCUGGCCUUGUACAAAGCAAAGAUACUAGUCUCCUUGCUGCUCUUGGUGCGGCAGUCUUCGCAUUCCUUGCGUAG